UUCCCAAAGUCGGUGGCUGGUUUCCCCAAAGUCGGUGACAGAUUUCCCCAAAGUCGGUGACAGAUUUUCCCAAAGUCGGUGGCGGAUUUCCCCGAAGUCGGUGACAGAUUUCCUCAAAAUUGGUGGCAGAUUUCCCCAAACUCGGGGACAGAUUUCCUUAAAAUCGGUGACAGAUUUCCCCAAAUCAGUGACGGAUUUCCCUGAAAUCGGUGCAAAGUCGGUAACUGGUUUUCCCACCGAACCAAGCAUGUUUUCCAUAUGGAUCUACAAACUCUUUAUAUUUCCGCCUGUGUCGUCCUUUCUCUUCAAGCCACUGCAAAUGAAGGAAUUUCUCCGAGGACAACUGCAAACUUUGGACAUUAAUGUUCAUUGUUUUUCGGGCACACUUGCACAGGAAACCCUGGAAGUUGCUUCUCUUUAAACCUCAUUCUAGUGGAGGAACUUAGUGUUCACACUAUCAGUGGUACGUGCACAGAGAUGUGUAAAGACGCUCACAGAUUUUGCAUGGUCAACCUUCACUGCAGCCUCGGAAAGACAGGUCAACUAUUCAAAAACAGAAGGGACAUUCGCAUGAUUUGUUGCCAUUUGAUGAACUUUUCAAAGUUGUUUGAAUACUUCUGACUACACUUUAUGAAAUGUCCGGCUCACGCAAAUGGCGUGGUGCGCUCGCAUGUGUGCUUUGGGCAAGUGUGAUUGUAUGUUUUUUGACAACAGGGACAACAAGACAUCCACUGCGUUCAGUGAAGCUACGUGGUCUACCUCUUCGUGUUGACGUGGGCGAAGGAAAGGGGUUUUGGGCAGCCGUGCAGAAUGCGGCGAGUAGGAGCAAGACUGAUUGCCAGACACAUAUGGAGAACAUUGUUGCGCUUGCAGAAAGUCACAUGAAAUCCAGCAAAAUUGUUGACAGAGAUGCUGCGAUACAGGCUUUGGUGGUGUCAAUGCAAGAACCAGGAUUGGUGUUGGUGUUGGGGGGCAAAAACUUGGGCAAAACAUUUCUCAAAGGUGAGGCAAUCAAGAGAUGCAGAGAGAGCGAAAGGAACAUCGACAUCGUCUCAGCGGAUAUGCGGGAUGCUGAUAUGCUUGGCAAACCUUUAAUGACAGCACUCGACGUGCAACGCCAAAAAUCUCUGAAGUGGGCAACGCGGGCAACGGAACUCUUGCGCGCAGUGAUCGAGCAUAUUGUCACCAUGUUUGCAGAUAGGAGAUAUACAGGAGCCGGAAAAGCAGCAAAGGGUGUGCUGGAUGUUGUAGUCCAAGCAAAACAAAUAAACAUUGAAAACUUUAUUAACAAGACCACUAGGAGUGGUAGGAUCCCCAGUCUCAUUGUGGAUGAGGCAAAUUUGGCAUUGCCCGGACUAGGUGAAGAUGCGAACACGGCGGCCAAGUCAGCUCUACAAGCCGUCACAAAAUGGACGAAGCAGACAAAGCAAGCAAGUGUCUUGCUGAUAUCUUCAGAGUUUGGGUAUCCCUUCCGCCUGCAAGCUGCAGGGUUAGACUUCAGAGACAUCCGCAAAGUCAUUAUCAUAGGUGAAGUGCCACAGUCCGACAUGAAGAAGAUGCUGCAGGAUGAUUGGGGUAUGGACGCAGACUUGGCAGAGAUGUUCUACAACUACUUCGGCGGCGACAUUUACACCACCAAGCAGGCCUUGGAGAGCCUCAUUCGGAAGAAAGAUACCUUCGACCCCUUUGCCGUUGUGCGAUGUCCCGGGCUGCCUUCGUGUGUGGAAAAUGCAGCGGCCAGGGCUCACCUGGAGAACAUCGCCAAGCAAGGCUUCUCUUUGGUGAAGAAUGUUGAGACUGACGAAGGUGCAAGAAUGAUUGCGGAGAAAAACGUGGGCGGGGUCAUCGACAAGGAUGCCAUCACAUUUGGUUUGCCACCCAUCUUCACCGGCACAGACCGGAAAUGGGCUGUCAUCCCCUCGUCUUAUCAUAUGAAGCUGCUGAUUGCCCAUGAGCUCCAGAAUAUUCCUUUGCCAACAUCAGGUGGUACUGGUACUGCACCACCAGCUGUUUGGGUGAGACAAAUCCGCAAGGACUGCAGAGAAGUGCAUUCAAUGACUGUGUAAACACAUUUUGUUUCAGCAAAGUCGUUGCUCUGACCAAAGCAGUGCACUGAUCACUUUCGGACAGUUCGGUUGAAGACUAUUAUCGCCGUUCGUUCAGGUUCAUGCUCUUUUCCCGCAAAAUAAAGCGUGAUGAAGGGUAAGUCCACUGUGCAAGAUAAUACACUGUUAUGCUACGAACUUGGCCGGGUUCAGGACUUUUGGGGAGAAGAUUGCAGGGUCGUUCAUUCCUCAGGAUUUAUGAAAUAUGUAUUCUAAUAAUCUUCCUCAUUUUGAUAAAGAUGAUUUAGACUAAAGACUUUGUAUGAUUUUCUUCCACGCCCUUGUUCCUUUGCUGUGCCCUUUGGUAAGUAAAUGCGAGUAGCACACGGUUG